CUUAACUAUUCUAUAUUAUAUAUAUAUGUAAUAUAUGUAGACCACUCAGUAUUGAGCUCAUCCUAUACAUACUGUCUAUGAUAUAUACCACCCUGAGCAAUCAGUUCUUUCUUAACCUCUCACCAACACGGAGCACGCAUAGUUCAGACCUCAACCUUGCUCCGUGUGUAUCGUGAAACCAGGGCAGAUUGAACAGUUUUUUUUUUAAAUCCAUCCUGCACAAUAUCCUCGUAGGUUCGAAUCCGUCCUGCACAAUAUUCUCGUAGGUUCGAAUCCGUCCUGCACAAUAUCCUAGUAGGUUCGAGGAUAUAAAUCCAAAUCUCUGCUUAAGUGAGAAAAGAAGCAGCGUAAAAUGUUGUGAAAUAUUCCAAAUCGUCCAAUUGACGAUAAAGUUGUUUUUAUCAAGGUUGAGCUGAUAUCUAUGCAAAUAUAAAGAUGAAAGCGCCCCCGCUACACGCCUGGUUCUAAUUUCUACAAGUUCUCCGGACUAAUUAGAACAUGUCGGAUCAAGAUCUGAUAGUUUCUCAGGUUCCUCUCAUCAAACUCCUCCAGUCUAGAACUAAACCAAGGAUGUAGAAUGGAGGAUAGCUGUGUUCUCCAGCCUGGAGUCUGUACCAAGGAUGGAGAAGGAUGAGAAGAGGUUUAUCUCCAUCCUCGUCCUAGCUCUCCUUCUCCUUCUCAUCCCUGGAGCUGAAUGUAGGAUCAUCGAGGUGACCUGGAGUAGAUCCAACCCUCUCCUCCGACUUCCUCAUCCUGUCCGGGUCAAUGAAGACCACGGGGGUGGGGGAGUGAGUGAAGGGGUUCUAGGAUACGAUCAAGCACAUUUCAUUUGUCCUGAGAACGAUAGUUCAGAGUUUUCUGUGUUUUCUGUGCCUAUAGAUGAAUAUAAUGCUUGUGCUCUACUUAAACCAAAAUCAAGGUAUAAGAAAGUAUGUGAGUGUUCUCCAGGUUCUCCAGGUACUCCUGGAGUACUACAGUAUCCGAUCAUUAUUUCAUUCAGACAAUUCUCUCCUUUACCAGGUGGGUUAGAAUUCAAUCCAGGAGAAACUUAUUAUUUUCUUUCCGUCCCUGAGACUCCUGAACCUAGUCAAUGUCCUGCCAGGAUCUCCUUCCUUAUCUCUCAACCUGAGGCCCUGAGCAGGGUUAAUAAACCCCGAACCCCUCUCCAGGAUCCCAACCUAUUAGAGGAACUAUCCUUUACGGACCCGAUCAACUCCGAUGGAAGUUUUCUUGACUCCAGACCUAGUUUAUUAACACAGGAGCGUGCUAAACCAAAGAGAAGAGCAAACCUGUCAACUGAACCUAACUCGGAUUGGUUUAGUGAGACUGAACCAGGUUCAAGUUCAAGCACUAAAUUAUUUAGUGCUUGUCAGUUAGCCCUAACUCUAGGAGUAAUGAGACUAAAUCAGAUCCACUUCUAAGUUUUAGGACAAAGGAUAACUUUAUCAACACUUAAGCAGUUAGUUAUAGCUCUGAUUAAUGAACCCAAAUCAUAUCUCAUGAAACUGAACAAAGAUCAUAUCUGAACAGUUAGACCUUACUCUAGGAGUAAUGAAACUGAACCAAGAUCAUAUCUGAGCAGUUAGUCCUAACUGUAGGAGUAAUGAAACUGAACCAAGAUUAUAUCUGAGCAGUUUGUUCUAACUCUAGGAGUAAUGAAACUGAACAAAGAUCAUAUCUGAGCAGUUAGUCCUAACUCGAGGAGUAAUGAAUCUAAACAAAGAUUAUAUCUGAGCAGUUAGUCCUGACUCGAGGAGUAAUGAAUCUAAACAAAGAUCAUAUCUGAGCAGUUAGUCCUAACUCUAGGAGUAAUGAAACUAAACAAAGAUCAUAUCUGAGCAGUUAGUCCUAACUCGAGGAGUAAUGAAUCUAAACAAAGAUCAUAUCUGAGCAGUUAGUCCAAAUUUUAGGAGUGUUGAACCUGAAACAGGUCCAAAUUAGAUGAAAACUUAAAGGCUUUUACACUAAGCUAAAAAGAUAUAAAAGGAAUUGAGUCUUUGAUACAAACUCAAAAUUCCAAAUUUUAAAAUUUCAGAUGAAGAAGUUCUGCCAAAAAAUUGCUUUAAAGAAAUAUUGAGCUCUGACUGACUGACUGGGCUUACAGAGGUGCCAUAAAUUGUAAAGGUUUAUUUUAUGUAUCAAUGUAUUAAUUGCCAUAAAUGAACAAUGUGCCAUAUUCCAUAAACUUACUAUUUGAAUAUAUUUAUAAAUGCAUGAAA